AUGCACCAGGAGCUCCUUCGCCCGAUCGACUCUAGCGGUCGUAUCUCGCCAUGGAUCGGGAGAGGACGGGUGUCCCCCGCUCCCGCGUUGUCUGAGACGUUCCCCUCGAACACCUGGACUGCAGACGCUGAGCUCUCCUUCAGCGAGAUCCGGGGGGGGGGGGGGGGGCGACGGGGGUCGGGCCUCCGCGGAAAGCACAGAGCUAUCACCGCGGCGGCGGCGGCGGCGGCGGCACAAGACUUUCCAGCGCCCGCGCUCUCUGCGUGCGACCUGUCGGCUCGUACGAGUGUCCGGUGUCACCGGCGGCGGGUGUCCGGUGUCUCUGACUAUCCCGUGUCUCUGUCCCCGUCUCUCUCCGCAGCGCACACAGACCCCUGCGGCCUGUCGCCAAGGCACAUCAAAAGUGACAGCGAUGACGACGACCUCCCCAACGUGACCUUGGACAGUGUUAACGAGACGGGCUCCACGGCCCUCUCCAUAGCCCGGGCAGUGCAAGAUUCUAUGUCGCCGUUCAGUAUUGACAGCAUACGGCGCCCGAGGAGGUCCGAGUCGCCCGAGUCCAAGAAGAGACGCAUCCACAGGUGUGAUUUCGAGGGCUGCAAUAAGGUGUACACCAAGAGCUCCCACCUGAAGGCACACCGGAGAACCCACACAGGUGAAAAGCCAUACAAGUGCACCUGGGACGGCUGCACGUGGAAGUUCGCCCGCUCCGACGAGCUGACGCGGCACUACAGGAAACACACCGGGGUGAAACCCUUCAAGUGUGCGGACUGCGAUCGCAGCUUCUCCAGAUCUGACCACUUGGCCCUGCAUCGAAGGAGGCACAUGUUGGUAUAAAAAAAAAAUGAAGUCGCGGGAAUGGAGAGAGAGAGCGAGAGAAAUGAUAGAGAGAUGAGAGGAGCGAUUGAGGAGGAUACCGGAGAUACGCCGAGAUGGAGACGCGGAUUCAUAGGCCUACACAGUACGAGGGAGGGGGGGGGGGGGGGAGCGGGGUCUCUCUAUGAAUGUUGUUCAGCUGGUCUGGACGUAUACAUUUACACAUACACACGCACACACACACAGAUACAUAUUAGGAACACAUGAGUACAUACACAAGCACACACACACACACACACACACACACACACACACAUACACACCCUCUCUCUCUCACGUGCCUGGUUCUCCCCGCGAAAGAAGACGGGGGGAACAGCUCGCGGAGCACAGACAGGGUUGUAUUUGCUACUCACGAGGACGGAGGAAAACGGACGACGACUGGACCUUUAACGCGUCGUGGUUGCUUGGAGUUUUAUGAAACUGAAAUGGAAUAUUUUACAGCACUGUUCUUUGAUGUUUGUUUUUUUUGGCUUAGAUUUAUAAGUUGGACUGCUACUACUCUUUAUUUGGACGAGAAAAAUGCAAUCGCAAACCCUUUUUUUUUUCUUUUCUCUUGGUAUCUUUCGGUCCAAAAAGACGGCUGCUUUAGAGGCGAUCAUAAUGUGAAGGUGUAUGGGAUGAAUUUGCUGUGAGGACGUUGUAAAAAUAAAGCACCAAACUUGGCCUCUGCCAGUAGAGAAGGACUCGGGCCUAUUUUGAUCUACAGCCAGUAUUGCAGGGCUGCCUGUCUGUACUUUCAAACCCUUACCAGCAGAGGGCGCCAUUGCAUAAUAAUGAUUAGGUUUCAACCGCUAUCUCAUGAAGUGGAAUCUGAGGCACCCCGAAGGAUCAGUGAGGAGGAGGCUAGUUGUAAAGCCACCACCACAUUGCUGACUUCAAGUCACAAUUAUAUCUACUUAAUCUAGGUAAAAUGUUGGCCCGCUAUACCGCUUGUGAUAUUAUGUUUGCUUUGACAUCGAAAACCGGGCAUGCACACGAUUCACCAGCAAUGAGAGACGCGCCAUAUUUGAUACACCUUUCCACUUCCCCCUUCCCCAGCCUUCCCCAACAAUACUAUUCUUCAUGCUGAGCCUUUUGGAAGUUUUCCUUUUUUCUUUUGUUUCCUGAAAACGUUUUUUUGGUGCAUUUUGUGCUGUGAUUAGCAAUCAGUAAAGUGCAAUCUCAUAGGGGAAUUCUAGUUUCAAAAUGAAAUUUUCUUUUGUGUUUCAUUUAUUACCUUUUUAUAAAAUGCUUGACUUAUGUUCAACAAGGAAAGUUUAAACCAUUGCAUGCAUCGAAACGAUGAAAUAAUCAGUGAUCAGUUACAAUGUUCAACCUUGUAAACCGGCCAAACAAACACAAAACAAACUGGCACCUUACAGACUAUACGGUCACGGAUCGGGUUCAACGGUCAUGUUAUCGGCGGACUUUGACAGGGAUAGGUCCAUGGAUUUGUGGUUGAGCGCAACACAUACUUUAGCAUGAUAGCAACUCCUUAGGGGGUCUACAGUGUUACAGUGACAAAACGUGGUUUCUGAGGUACAAUAUUAGAAGAGCAAUACAUUGUGAAUGUGGUCACGAGUUGUUGGACCAACUGUUCCUCUUAUGUUGUGGUGUUGCCGCUGACCAGGAGGGUCUGCCAUUGGUCCAAGUCUUUUCUUAACUGUGCCACCUCAUAGACAAAAGCACAUUUUACCUGUAGUCUAACGCCUCUGUCUACCUGAUUUUCCAAAACAAAAGGACUGCAGUUCACCCGUCCGUCUCUGUAAAAUUAUAUCAAAACGAUGAAUAAUGUGAAUAGCACUUGAAAUUAAUGCAAAGAAAAAGAUGAUCCAAUAUAUCAGACGUUUGGUUCUUACAGAUUAUUUAAUUUAUCUUACUUUAGGAAAUGCAUGUGCAUCCACAAGGCACAAGCUUAACAUGCUAUGUUACAUACGAUGACUGAAUAUAGGCUAUCUGAAAGGAAAAAUCAAAGCAGGAAACUUUCAAGAAAGAAAAUGUAUUUUUAAAAUUAAAACGCAACAAUGUCAUCCAUUUUAUGUUUUUCAUUCUCCAAAAAGAAUAACCCAGAACUAAUAAUAAACAAAAUGCCAAAACAGUUCAAUUCAAGUUUUGGAAUAAAAGCCAGUAAAUGUUAAUGUGAACUUAUUUGAUAAAAGCACCUCAAACACACACAUCCCACACACACACAGUCAUAUACACACCCCCUCCAUACACAUUCACACAAACUAACAUACACACACACACACACACACACACACACACACACACACACACACACACACACACACACACACACACACACACACACACACAUUCACCCCCCCCCACACACACACACAUUCACAUCCCCCCCUCCCACACACACACACACAAUCAGACACGCCCCCAUACACAUUCACAAAAACGACGCAUACACACCCCCACACACACGCCCCCAUACACACACGCCCCCAUACACUCACACAGCAAGCAGGCAACAAAAUUCCAACAUCUCAGUUACAAACACAUGCAUCUAAAGUAUGCCACGACUCCCCUUCGUUUCAAUUAAGAAUUGUAAUGUCCUUAUGUCAUAUUUAUGUUGAUUAUUUGUGCACACAUGAUUACGCCCUGUUGUAUUAUUAUUAUUAUUUUGGCAAAAGCAUAUCAGCACCUUGUUUGUGUAUUAGUAUCAUUUCAAAAAACAUAUUUUAUUUCAGAUGGCAAUUUAUCCACAAAUAAUCACCAUUAUAUUUUACCAUUGUUUACUGUGUAAGAAAAAAACCUUAAAAAGACGAAAAACUUUGAUGACCGAGGGGUACUUCGUCAUUGCAUAUAACUAUUUUCUGUAAAAAAAAAUGAUUUUUGAAAUGUUGUAAUAUAUGUGACAGUGAAAAUAAAUCUUAUUACCAAGGUCUACAGGCUGUAUAUACAUUGGAAGAAUAGGGCUUUUGAUUAGUAGAUACAGGAAAUACAUUUAUACAUGUAAAGUCUUUUUCAGAGACAGUAAUUUAUCUAAUUUGAUACACAGUGAAAUGGGGCUAAUGGUAUUUGCGAAAGCAUUCUGUAAAUGAUCCUAUAUGAUGUUAUGUAACAGUUUGUCUCGAUUGGUUUGUGAUUUAUUAAGUUCAUGCUUAAAUCAUUAUUUCCCAAGGCUGAAUCAGUGCCCGCUAUAAUUUAACAAAAUAUUUGUAUUUAAUUACCAUAUCAUGGUACUUAAUUCCCUUUUCUCUUUUUAUUUUUUAUUUUACCAGACCUAGACAAUAAAUUAUAUGGUUUUGUCACCUAUCAAUAACACAUAUUAUAUUGUAUUCAGUAUAACUUUGCAUGCCUUAAUCCAACAAUAUUUUUUUAAAAUCUUAGGAUUGACUUGAAGAUGGCGAUGAGUGUGUCAACAGGACAACGUGUAUUGUAUUUUCCUUCAACUUGUCCUUUUUCUCAUUUUUGAAGCAUAAUUUUGUAACGGCAACCAGGGUCAAAGUUAUGCAAUAACAAUUAAUAGUGCCUCAUAUCACAACCUUGUAAUAUCGACUGCUCUGUGCACAGUUUUAAUUUAUAAAGCACACUUGAGGUGUGUUCAAGUGAAGAAAUUGCUGAGAAAUGAUACCGUAAAUUUUGUAAAAGCACAGACGCCGUUAUGCAAAUCUGACCUCUAAUGUUUAACUCCCUCCCGCACUGAGCCUUAUGUCAUCAUUUUGAAUGCCACCCCCCCUCCCUCCCCCUUUUCAUAUGUUGUCCAUAAGCCUGUGUUUUUGCUUGCAGUAAGUCACUCUUUACAACGGGAACAAGAAUUAUUCAUUAUGGGAUGUUUUUAUUCAGAUUUGGCACAGAGAUUCUAAUGGGGAAUAACUUAGUUCUACUGAACGCUGUGGACAAAUAUUACAUUAUAAUAAGAGUGACUCCUUUUGCAAACAAACACCGCUUACUCUUCUUAUGGGUUUCAAUAUCUAUUUUCGUAAUCUGUAUCAUCUGCAAUUUAUUUCUGCCGAUAAAAAAAAUUGAAGUAGUGAAACCAAUGCCUUUGUUUUCGAGUUUGCUGAUAUUACGUACAGUAAUUGUUGUUCCUGUAUUUAUGUAAAGUGAGUGUAUUGUAGAUAUAUUCAAAUAUUUUCACUCUUGCCGUAAAGAAAAAAAAAUUGUGAUACUGCUCAUCAAUGCUUCAAAAGGGAGAUUCUGCUCAUGGAAUUCCAAAUCUGCAAAAGAAAACGUUUUUAAUUCAACUUUUUUCAGAAAGUUUAAGAACAGUUGUCUUUCUACCUUGUUUUUAUUUUGUUCUUCCUUUUAUCCAACGGUUGUUUAGAUAUCCAGUCAGUGUUCCUCUUGCUCUUUUCUCUGUAUUUUUCAUAUGGAUGGAGCUGUGAAAUUAAAAAAAUGAGUUCAAACAUACACAUGUAUAUUCAUAUGAAUGGAGGCAUGACGGAUAAUAAAGCAGCGUUUUGUACGUAAGGCCCUGGUAUGGAGCUGAGAAGGACAUGCAUGACUGUGAGCUGGGAUGGAAUGUGGUUUUGGUGUCCCAUUAGACAUUUGAGCAGAGCGCCAAACAUCCGGUGGCAUUCUGAAACCUAAUCUUAGUAUUAGGAAAAGCCGUGCCAAAUGAUCUCUCCAUAUAGAUAUGAAUGGCUUUCUGAGAGCCACACUCUCUCAGAGUACACGUUGUUCAGGAGUAGAACAGCCAAGCAUCUCUGGCCUUUGACUGUACACUUCAGCAACCAGCAGGCCACGGAUGGCUGUAGGCCUCGUACGAAAGACAGCUUGAUCACUGAAGAUCGCCACCUUCAAAUGAACAGAUACCAUGGCAGUUAUUUUAACUUUGUUUAUUUUUUCGUUGUAAAGGUGGCAUCUAGUGAAACAGACCUGACCUUCCACCAGAAAUGGAAUAUAACAUUCAUAAGUGAGUUUUAAUUAGUGUAUUAUCCCAUGAAAAUACGUUUUUUUCUUUUUUGUUACCUAGCAAUUAGCUCAUAUGGUUAGCAAGUCCUCUUCCAGGGUGCCCACCAUCUUGUUUCUACAGUAGCGUAGAACGGACAAACAGACGCUUUUAGCAUAAUCAAUAUCUUACUUGUAAACCACAAACCCAAGUUUUGCAGAUUAACAAACUUAACAAACUUCUUCACUUGACACUUGAAGACGAUAAUUUUGGAAGUAACAACUGGCCCCUUACAGGCCAGUCCAGGCCGACCUUAGCCUCUCCUAAGUCGUUUGAGAGUUGGAGAUGAGGGUGGUGUAUAUUUAGUUGGUUGCAAUUUGGAACCCCACGCUAGAUGCCAUUGAAUCCUACACAACGCAUCUUUAAGUAAAAAAACAACCAAAAAAGAUCCUAUUCAAUCGUUGUGACUUUUGUAUGUAUGUUUCCCUUUGAGUUAUAGGCAAGUUUGGGAGAAUGUGAUUGGUAAGGAGAAAAGAUAGGAUAAGUUAAUAUCAAAAUCCUCCUCUUGACGAAAGGGAGGGGCCUUAGAAGGCUUAUGUAGUCCAUAUCAAAACAAACCUCAAAACUUUCCUUAUGCUCAGACAAGCCGGAACAGAUUCUGCUGUAGUGGGUUCAUCGGGCUUGACACGUAACCUCCUCUAUGAGUCAUGUCACUGAUACUUAACUAAUUCAGUGAGAACAAGUGAUUUGAUGUUGAAUAACUGCACCACAGCGAGGAACUCUUCAAAUGUAUUUAAUAUUUGAAGAAAUUAUCUCGUAUCGGUUAGAAUAGAGAACUGAUGUGUGAAUGUCUAAACAAAUGUAAUAUUUAAUCUAAUCUCUACCACUGCUAUAUUGAUAUUGUAGUAAAACACAGUAAGACAUGAUGCUGUAUUCCAAAAGUAUAAAACACCAAGCUAUAUUGUUAUACAUAAGUACCACAUACCCUUUUCAUACAACUGUCCACAAAUAAAUACAAUACAUCACCCUUGACACAAGACUUUAUUUAAAUGUAUUGUUAUUAGCUGGUAUUAAUGUGGGAUAAAGGUUUAUAUUCCUUAUCCAUGGCACCACAUUGUGUAACACUAAUUACAGAGUUUUUGUGUUAUCAGGCAACAUUGAGGAUUGGGUAAAUAAAAUAAAAUGAGGAUAUUGGCAAUAUUCUGACUAAUGGCAGUGCAACAGAUCAAGACCAAUGUACCAAUAGUGUAACCGUUAUGUGGUCAUAUUUCACCACUGCUGCCUCUAUAAAAAGCCGUUGUUAAGCUCAAUCUAAAUAAAAAACCAAAGCAGUGGAGUCGAUGCUAUGCAAAGAGCUUCAUAACUUUUAUACACAUUUAAAUUUUUUAUAGAAAACUGAAAUUACUGAGUCUUCGAAAACAUUUGGUCACUAAUUGAAAUAAAUUGUAAUAUAAUUCCUCUAUCUUAGAUAUCAUUGGCUCUGUAUACAUCAGCAAGGUCAACAAAUGUAUAUUUUUUAUUUUCUGAUCUAAAUUCCCAAACAUAGCUACUAUAAAAAAAAUAAAAAUAGGAAGCUCUUUCAUUCGGCAUUGGCAUAUUUACAUUGACAACCUUUACUUUUUCAAAUAAAAAAGGCACUUUAAUUAUAUGUAGGUAUGAAUUGAUAAUAUACUUUUCAGUAUGAUUUAAACCCAACGCCAUGGAAAGACCCACAGAACAGAAAGGAGAAUGUGCUCAUUUUGAAGAUAAUAAUCAUAAAAGAAACAGUGUUUGAUCCAAACAGCUCUUUGAAGAUGUGGCCAAGUCAAACCCUUUGCACUAAAAUAAUGUGUAAUUUCCACAGGUGAACACUGAUUUGAAUAAAUGCGGAACAAUCUUUUUCAUUACAAAGCAAGCCUCACAACCAAUGUUAAUCCAGGUAUGGCGAACUUCUUUCCAGUGUAUGUUUGACAACUGAACAUUAACUUUGAAUAUCUCCUCUGAGCCUUGUGCUAUGAAUUGUUGCUAGACUGCUCAUCAAAUGAAUAAGGAAAUGGAAAAAAAAAAUUAUCUUGUCUUUCGAAACUGAAUACUGAAUUCAUUAUGAUGGAACCACACCCAUCGCAUGAUAUGCCGUAGGAUUAAUUGCCAGAAGUUAAACUGGUAUGACCAGUGUCUGAGGCAAUGUCUCUACCACCAAAGGAGAAGAUUCAACCUAACACGAUAAGCAGCCAAUCUGAUUUGAAUGUAACAUCUGUGCCAAUGAGACAAACACAAUUAAUAAUGCAGCAAAAAAUAGCUCAGGUUUGGGUUAUUUCGUUGGUAAACAAUAAUUUGUAUAUGAUUCAUGUGAACAUUUAACUGGCGAAGAAUGAAAAUCUUUGCACUUUUGAACUUUGGAACAAGCAUAAUACAAAUAAAUACAUAAUUGGACUAUUUUAUUGGUAACACCAACAACAGCUAAUACAUUUUUUUUUUUCUUUUCAUUGGUGUUUUCUUUUUUAAAAGCAAUUGAUGCUUGGCAUGGUUUCCUGAAACAUUUCCCGCACCAUAGGAGGGAAAAUAAAUCCAAAUCUAAAACAUAAAAAUCCAAACAUAGCACAGCUACACCUGUUUGAUUGUUUUCCUAAAAGGAACAUAAAAAAAACUCAAAGAAAAAGACCAGUAAGUUCUAAAAUCGUCUGAUUUCCGCUUCUAAGAAUUCGGAUCUAACUCAAACAGAAACAACCCCAGAAAGAGUAAAAAAAAAAACGAGCAGGUCUGAUCAGGGAUCAUGAGCUGGAGCGUCAGGCCUGGUGCCUCUUCAUAUGCAGCGCCAGGUGGUCGGAGCGGGAGAAACAGCGGUUGCACACUG